GCAAAGAGUGAGCCCUGUCUUUUACCACAAUUUGGAAUGAGGGGGAGCAUACCUCGACCCCGACCGAGGAGGCAUGUGUGCGCAUUUAGACCGCUCCAUGUACAUCGUGGAAUUCCUAAACCGUUACUUUACAAGAACGCUCCUCAACUAUCCAGUUGAAACGGAUCAAUGGUAUAAACUCCACUUGUUUUUUUUCUUUACCCGAGGGAGUUUUAAUUUUAGGAACCAGUAGCCCUGUGUGUGAGACUGUAAUCCAGCCGUCCGCACGGAAAGGAAGUUCGGCUACUGUUGACUUUUUCCUCUUAGAGUAGCCUAACCCAAACCAGGUGAAGUCGCCCCCCGGUGCGCGGUCAGCGCUCGGAUAUAGUGGAAACCCUCUUUGUAGUCUGUGACCUAUUUCAGGGUCUGAAGUCUUGGUGAAGUUCUUCAUUUUUCUAACUUCAGUUUGGCUCUAUCUGUGUCUGACGGGAUGUUUUCAUGCGUUGUGCCUUUGGUUGUGGAUGGGAAUGGCAGUUUUCUGACAGCGCGCAGUAGCAGAGUCUGAUCUAUGAUGUUCUUCUUCUCGAGAAUGUUUUUAAUGAUCUGAGGGGCACUCUUCCCCAAAGGAAGCGAGAGGGGAAACUUUCCCCAUCUCUCUCGGAACUCCAGUGUUCAAGGAUGUGAUAGUUGGACUGUGGCUCACUGAUCUAACUUAAUUAUCAUGAAUAACGGAAUAACAACGUUGGGGAAAAGGUUUUGUUUGUUUGUGCCAGCUCACAAAUGAUCACUCGAGUUUGUCAUAGUGACGAUUCUUGAGAACCGUGGACCCCCCUCUGAAAUACCAACCAGGUCAUAUUUGAAAGAUAAAAUGCGGCACAAUGUUCCAGGUCUUUGUGUAUUCCUGAAGUGCGUGUUUCUACAGAUAGCGCCGCUGCUCUGUUUUCCUUCUAUCCGGCCGGGAGAGCGGCCAGAGUGGUGUGAGGUCUGAGUGGGACGCGGAGAAGAAACAGGCUAAAUAUCUUCCCUCAUGGUAUGCCUUUAUUCUUCUGCCAGCAAAGUUGGGAGUGAAACGGGAAUGUUUCUUCGGCGGCUCUGGACGCUCCGCCGCAGGUAUUGCUCCGGACGGUUAUUGCUCUUAGGGUUCGCGGUGUGUCUUUUCUACCAGACCCUGAUGGUGGCACGGAGUCGGUUCAAAGGCGACCCACCUGCGGCUGACGAACGCAACAAGUCAACGAUGACUGAAGCGUUGGAAGUAUUUGAUGAACUUCUGCAGGACCCUGCGAGGCUUAUUUCUACCCUGGAGGCUUUGGAGAGGGACAGAUAUGGGUCCAUUCAGAACCAGGCCGGGCGGGUCACACAAGCCGUGGUGUUGACGGGUCAGCACGUAGCCGCGGAUACGGAGGUCCAGCUGUUCCAGCGGAUCCUGGAGCAGCGAGGCUACGAGGUCAGCCUGUCCCGAUACGCUGAGACCAACACCGCCCUGAGACACGACAACGGUGGCAGUGUGGAGUGGAGUUUGUUGGUGUGUCUGAGAGGUUCGGAGAAGAGUUGUCUGAGGAGAGUGUCCUUCUCCCAUCUGCAGCCCCAUCAGAGGGUCAACAUGAUACCUGGGCUGGUGGGUGCCUUCUCUGAUGUGGAUGGGCUCUGUCGCUUCCAGACAGACAGCCGGCUAUCAGGGCUGGCAUUACACAUAAAUCCAUCUGCCUGUGGAUCGGCCCGCACCAAGCUGGGGAACCCAGCUAUUCCCACACUUAAUUUGGUGAGCCCUGGCCUCGUUGCCACGGUGAAAGUUUAUGUCCUGGUCACCUCGGUAACGCCGCUCACAGCCUUUCUUCAUCACACGGGCCUGGUCAGGACAAGCGAAGACACGGACAGCCACACCACACAGCUCAAGCCCUUUCUUCUCCAGCAGCUGGGUCCUGUUGCGUCCCAUGAGGCAUUGGACCAUGUGAAGGAGGUCAUAGGUCAGGUGUUGAGGGCGGCAGCAUUGACCAAUGAGGAGCCUAGCUCUCGGCACAGCUGGUGUCUCCUGUGUUUCCAGCUGAUGACAUUCACUCUUCAGUUCAGUGGUUCCCUUUUACCUGUCAUUGUGAAGGCUGAGACUGACCUGCACUUUGAUGGGCUGAGGGACCCAGGGUUUGACGGACAGAUCACAAAAGAGUUCAUCCUGGAAGAUGCUCUUCUCUUCCUGCUCCCAGCACACAGUGGACAGGCCAGACGGAAGAGCCCUUCACACACCGAGACAGACGAUGGACAGAUGUUUGGUGGCUGUGGGGGGACAUACGGUCUCUGUCUGCCAGAACACCAGACUCUCCUCCUCCUCCAGUUCCUCCGUCAGCUGAGGACACCAGGGCCAUUUGAACUGCUUUAUCCUGCAGCUUCUCCAGAGCGCUCUCCUAUCCAAGACAUUCUGUUUCGAUCGUUCCCUAGAGCAGAGGAGUCUGGGAGUGGGCGACAUUUCUCAGCAUUGUUGGACAGAAUCUGUUCUCAUUAUACAGAGCAGAGGAACCAGACUUACAGGACCAACGAGGCAGAGACACAGACCCGGUGGGACAAACACUCAGGCUCCCAGGACCUCCCUGGAGACAGAGAGCGGUGUGUGGACCCCCACCUCAGACAACUGUACACAGACCCCCCUCUAACCCUCAGCCCCCCCUUCAGUCCCUGGGUGAAGGACUACCGUGCUGAGGUCCCCUUUGACGUGGUGACCCUACGCCUCCGCCCUGAGCCCAUCAGCCCAGCCUGUCACAUACACCUGGACGAGCACAGAGGACCUAGAACGGCUAACUACCCGGUCGGCCUGGGCAACAGCAUAAUCAACAUCCUAGUGACGGACGAGUCGGCCGCCACAGAGCCCGUCGUCAUGACAAUAUACACUCUACACAUGUACCGCGAGAGUCGGCCUAGCCUGCCCAUGUUUGGGGAGCAUGUGAUGUGUGGCUUCGUGCAGGUCUCUCUGCUCUGCAACCUGCCCUGUCCAUCGAUCUGCCAUGCAUUAGAGCGUUGGCCAGUGUCCAAUCCCCGAGCUGACAAGGACUGUGGCCUGGUGGUGCAACCAGAUCAGCCCUGUGGUUUGGAGUCCCUUCCUGGGCCACUCUCUCCAGGCGAGCCCCAUUCCCCAAAGCGGCCCUGCACCUCCGGGGAUGUAUCAGGUCGUUGGGUGGUUCCUUGUCUCAGCUGUGCCGACAACCGGACCUGUGACUGGAGAGAGGUUGCCUGGCAACCCGAGGGCUGUUACCACCCCUUGCUGGACCUCCCCCAGCUGCAGGACUGCAUGAUGUAUAGGAAGGUAAUGUUCAUAGGUGACUCCACUAACCGGGGGAUGAUGUACUUCCUGAUGGAGCGGGUCAACUCUAGUCUGGAGGACUGGGGCAAGGCCCACGACAGCCUGAUCUAUCGCAAUGUCAAUCAGGGACACACACACGUCUCCUACUCCUACUACCCCCAGUUCUGGCUGGAGCAGAGCCACAGACCCACCUUCCAGAGGGCCCUGGAACAGCUCAUACUGAGAUCACGACCCCUGGAGAACUCCCGUCAGACUGUGCUGGUGGCAGGAGGUGUCCAGUGGCUCAACACCAACCACCUGAGGAUCAUGAGAGAAGUGCUGGGGAGGGAAGGGCUACAGGAUAUCAUGGUGGUGGUGAAGUCUCUGGGCAUGGGCUUCCAUCUCCCUGUGGACGGCAUCCGCUCUCUCUCACUGAGAGGAGUACAGGAGCUAUACAGAGAGAACAGCAACAUCAUCACCGCCGCAAAGCACCAUGGGUAUGAGGUCAUAGACACAUUCAGCGUCACCAUGGGCCGCUACAAAGAGUUCCUGCAGGGACAGUGCGCCUGCCAUUUUCAUGAGGUUGAAAAGCUGCCGUUCUCCAAGGCUCCCCUGCACAGGAAGAUGAAGCACCUUCGACACGGCGAGGAACCUGGGACUGGAACCAGUGGAACUGGAACCGGGUACAGUGAUCAGCCUACCCUGCAGCACCAGGACCAGUGGGGGGGGUCUAACUCCUCCACCUAUCACGUGAGAGGAGCGGUGAACCAGGUGUACUCGCAGAUUCUGCUGAGCAGACUGUGUGUGAGAGACACGGGAAACUAGACCCAGCCCUCACCACCACAGACUGUGUGUGUGCCUGCGUGCUUGUGUCCUUGCUUACUAAUGUGCGUGCGUGUGUGUGUGUGUGUGUGCGCGUAUCCAUACCAGCGUCUCUCUAAUGAAUGAGAGCUCAUCCCAUCCAGGAAGUGCUGAAGUAACAGGAGAGUCCUGACUGGUCAGCCGUGAGACAGACAUCACCACUGUCUGUCACACAGACCUCCUCUGAUUGGCCCACGCACUGCCCCCCGUCCCCCCCUCUCCGUCCGUCCGUCAUGUGACUGCUACCUCUGCUAGGUAAAGGUUUCCAGAUGGUCGAAGAGGACGCUCGCUGGCCGACCGCCAAAAGACGAGGGACGCAGCUGGAGAAAGACAAAAGAAGAGAGCGAGAGUGACUGUCAAAGGAGUGUGUCGUGUGCACAUCCCAAAUGUAAGCCUUGCUCUCCCACCAACCGACAAUGCUCCCUCAACGCUCCAGCACAAACCCUUACAAUUGUAUGGUUUUAUAGUUGUGGAAACGUUGUUGAAAUGUUGUACAGCAUUGUUUCCCAAUCCUUUCCUCGGGUACCCCCCGGCUAUUCCAUGUGUUUGAUGUAUUCCAGAGCUAGCACACCUGAUUCAGAUUCAACUGGUCAACUAAUCAGGUGAGCUAGUUGAGGGCCACAACAACAUUGUGAAACGUCUGGGGGUCUCCGAGGGGAGGUUCAAGAUUUUUGAUGUGUGCCUUUGAUGCCUUUAUGCAUCAGGAAAGCCUAUCUCUCACCAUUGGAGGGACGUCUGGGUAUCCAGCUAUUCCUCCUCAUAUACAGUACCUCAUACAUCCGCGUGUCCUGUUGACACCACAACGUAUUCUAUUCUAUGCCAAAGAUAUGACGAAAGCUGAGCUAUUCUUCAAGUGAAUGUCUUAUGUAUGAUUUUCUUAUAUUUCUAUAUAUUUUUCUACAGAUGUUUAUUCGUGCCUAUAAUGUUGAUAACCAGUAUAUAAUGUUUUACACACAGCAUAUUGUUUACAUGCUAAUGAAGGACUGGUGUAAUGUAUGCUAUGGAUCUAUAUAUAUAUAUAUAUAUUGUCUGAUCUGUCCUCUGUUCAUUUGUAUGGAGGGAACUGAGCUGGUGAAAAUGAAGGUAAUUGUAACACACACACACGAGUGGAAACUACCUGCUUACCUCUGUUUAGGGGUCCUAUGGAACAUUGAUAGCAAACCUAAUCUUUUGAUUCAGUGAUUUUGAAGGAAAACAGAAAGACAUAUUUGCUUAAUGCUAAAUAUUAUCAACACUAUUCAUUUAUUUUUAAAGAACUAUCCUCAAAUGGCACUAACUUCAGCUUUGCGUUUCCAGAUGGUAUAUAUAAGUUAUUCCAUUACAACAUUAAAGUAUAUAUUUUCUUAACUUAA